UGACGACCAAAAUGUUUAAUAAAUUAAACCAAGAAUUUAAUUGAAAAUGUUGAAUACAAAAUACAAAUAUAUAACUAUAAUAGACAUUGCAUAUUGCGCUCACGGUCACGACUCACGCUCAAUGCGUUGGUAAACGCCAAAACUGAAAAGGAAAUUAACAAAUAGAUGUGUUUGUUUUGAGACUAUUAACCUUCUAAUUGUUUAUUUGUUAAAUAUUAGAAUUAAAUUUAUGUUUUAGUUAUAAUACAUCUUUGACAAAAAUGGGCGGCGGUGAUCUGAACACCAAGAAAACAUGGCAUCCCAGUACAAUGAAAAACCAAGAGCGGGUGUGGAAAGCAGAACAAGCAGCAGCAGAAGAAAAAAAACGAAUAAUAGUAUUAGAACGCGAAAGAGCUCAAGAGAGAGACCGUGAAGAAUUAAAUGCCUUGGCCAAACAAAAUGUCCCUUCUUCCUCUGAAUCCAAUGACAAUCGUUUGCGUUGGAUGUAUGAUAAACCUGAUAAAAAAGUUCAAGAUGAAGACUAUUUGCUUGGUAAAGCAAUCGAUAGGAAUUUCGAUCAAGCUGGUAAAUCUGAUCAGAAUGAAAUCCCAGCUGUAUCUCGGCGAGUAGUUGGUUCUAGUAUGAUAACAACAGCAGGUGAUGUUCAGGUAGACCUUGCACGAAAACUCAGAGAGGAUCCAUUGCUGUUGGUUAAAGAACGAGAAAGGGCAGCACGUGCUGCUCUGUUAAAUAAUCCUGUACAGAGACGUAAACUUACUGAGCUGUUACGGAAGGAACAGGAGCAGAAAAAUUUAAUUAAAGGAGAAAAAAAGGCUAAGAAAAAAGAUAAUACCCUUGAUAAUCUAUUAGCAGCUAAAUUAAAUGCUUUAGGUGGUGAGAAAGGAAUGGACAUUGCAAAGUUGCUUGAAUCAGAUGACAGUUCUUCAGAUGAAGAAACCAAGAAGAAGAAAAAGAAAAAGAAGAAGAAUAAGAAACAGAAAUCUAGAAAGGGUCAUGACGAGAGUGAUGAUGAAUUAUCGCAAAAAGGUAAAAAGUUACGAGAAAGCAAAAGCUACCAUAGAAGUAGUGAUAACAGUGAUAAGGAAUGUAGUUCUAAAGUCAAAAAGCGUCAGUACAGUUCUAGAUAUGAAAACAGUAAUAAAUCAUCUUCAUUAAAAAGAAAAAGCUCAGACAGUAGCAGUGAUGAAGGUAAUUCAUAUAAAAAAAACAGGAAGGAUUUCUCUCCUAAACGAUACUGGGAUACUGAAAAACAAAAUUUAUCUCAUGAGUCUUGCAAUGAUAGAAAAUAUUUGAAUAAGGAUUAUAAAAAGUAUGAUUAUGAUAACAAGCAAAGUAAAAUUCGCGAUAAAGAUCUUAGGGACAAGCAAGAGAUAAAAAAAACUGGCCUUAGUCAAGAAGAAAAAGCAGCAAGGUUGGCAUCAAUGAUUGCAGCGGGGGCGGAGAGGGAAGUUCAGCGAGGCCGUCGUGUGGCAGAACAGCGAGCAGAAAAUGCAGCGCCGGAGAAAUCAAUACCACGCCAUUCAUCGCGUAACGAAGCGCGGGUCUUACCUGACUCUCUCGAAAGCAGGAUUCAUUCCAACAGACAUUACAUUCAACGUAACCAACGACACAUGAACGAGCAUUUUGCUAGAAGAUAGCCAAGGAUUAAAUUAAAAACCUUAUAA